AACACAUUCCCUAACAUUGCUGAUCAGAUUUCCAAAGCCACUCUUCGAUCAUUUGGCUAUAAAUCCUUCUUACUGUUCUUGUCAAUAAUCCCACUUAAUAUCCCUGCAAACUACAUGUAGAAUUAGGCACCUGUGCAGUAAGUGCUAAUUAAUCAUAAUUCGUAAAAUGGGAAUACAAACGUUUUCCAUAUACUUUACAGGAAUAGCAUAAAAAGGGAUGUUGGCUUUCCAUGUGGGAGUCAGUGCUGUGUAAAAGAUGACACGUGAUGGAGGAGGAUGAACUCUACAGCCUUUUGAGAAGUCUUUUUUGGUCAUCUCUUUCCUAGAAUAUCAAAUAGAAGGAAACAGACUUGGGGAGACUUUGAUCAGACACACUGGAGGGACUUCCAACCAAGGGACUGCUCAGAACUCUAGCUUGGCUCUUAAUCAAGCUUGAAAUGAUCACCGCCACAGCGCUAAUUGCAUUAAUUUGCUUUUCAUCAGGCAGAAUGGGGAAACAGAAUAGCAAACUGGCCCCCGAAGUGAUGGAGGACCUGGUGAAGAGCACAGAGUUUAAUGAGCAUGAACUCAAGCAGUGGUACAAAGGAUUUCUCAAGGACUGUCCAAGCGGGAGGCUGAAUCUCGAGGAAUUUCAGCAGCUCUACGUGAAGUUCUUCCCGUAUGGAGACGCCUCCAAGUUUGCCCAGCACGCCUUCCGAACCUUCGACAAGAACGGGGACGGCACCAUCGAUUUCCGAGAGUUCAUCUGUGCCCUGUCCAUCACCUCCAGGGGCAGCUUUGAACAGAAGCUGAACUGGGCCUUCAACAUGUACGACCUGGAUGGCGACGGCAAGAUCACCCGCGUGGAGAUGCUGGAGAUCAUUGAGGCGAUCUACAAAAUGGUGGGCACCGUGAUCAUGAUGAAAAUGAAUGAGGAUGGCCUCACGCCCGAGCAGCGAGUGGACAAGAUUUUCAGCAAGAUGGAUAAGAACAAAGACGACCAGAUCACACUGGAUGAAUUCAAAGAAGCUGCAAAGAGCGACCCUUCCAUCGUAUUACUUCUGCAGUGCGACAUUCAGAAAUGAGCAGAGGUCAACUCUAUGGACUGCACAAAAGUCUCAAUGUUCCAUUCAGUCUGCAGCUAUUAACACACACACACACACACACACACACACACACACAUACACACACACACACACAAAUAUUGCUUGGACUACCUAUAAAUGGACUUGCUUCUUGUGUUUGAAACACUUGUGUGCAUGAGAAUGUCAUUUGCUAAUGAAU